AUGGACCAAUGUGAUCAGCUGGAUCCGUUCUCCAGUGAGAGUCUCUGGAGGCUCUCCAAGUUCAGCAUAGAAGCUCUACAGCCGCUGGAGUCUCUACCGUGGAACGCUACUCUACCUGAAAUUCCGAGAUCUUGCUUUGAGGCACCUACCGAACCAAAAGAGAAGAUUGAUACCUCACUAUGGAAGCUCGACUUCUUUCCAAGUGAUUUGGAACCGCCCGAAUCGGCAACCGACUCAAUCAUCAAUUCUUCCAUAGACGGCCUGUCUGAUGCUCCAUCUGACCCUGCAGCAGCUGCAGCCGGAGAAUUCAACAACAUAUGGACCUUGGACUUCUUAGGCGAAGAGGAUGCUCAAGUCACCCCGCAGAAAUCGUGGGAGAGAUAUACGGAGAGGUCAUUUCAAGAGCCGGUGUCUGCCUACUUCAGUGAAUCGGGCGCGAGGGGAUUUGAUGCAGCUAUAGCAAAGCAAACACUUAUGAAAAGGCAGACGCCGACUCGACUGGUUCAAACGGAUGUGUACAUUCGAUCUCUGCUUCGACUGGGCUUAGGUUGGAAGUCAGCCUUCUUUCGAUACAACGAAAUCACAAGUCAAUUCGAGAAAGAGAUAAAUGAUAUUCGGAUCUCUGGUGUCAGCUCUAUGGCAUUGGAUGAUGUCGUUGGAUACGUGCUAAAAUGUGGCACCAAUAUGCACCAGAUGCGAUUGUUCGCGCAAGAUCCUCCAGCCAAGUGCAGAGAACUGUCGGCUCUAUUCACUUUGAGCCGCACAAUCGCUGUCAUCAUCUUUAAUCUCGAGCAACAGAUCUUUGGACAUUCACAACAACUCGCCUCACUGCUGCAAAUUAGGGGCCUGUUUGACCGCUGCGGGGAUCUGAUGGGUGUCUUGGCAGCUAUUGUUGGCACAGCUCAAAAGGCUUCCUCAGACGCGCAAAUCAUAUCAAUUGUCACGCAACGUGCAGCCUCCUUUGCUCAGAGUUUUGGCUGGAUGGAGAACCUGUUGCAUGAAAUAGUGAUUCGAGUGACCGAGCCGUGGUUCAAAUUCAUCGAUGGUUGGAUUGGGCUUCGACCAGACGAUGCCGCGCUUGAAGAAUCAAUCGCUGGUGGUAAAACCUUUGUCGAACGAGAGAUCCAUCAACCUGGCAAGUUCAAAACCGGACCGGCACGAAUCGAGCACGAAUUUCAAGCAGACCAUAUGCCAUCGUUUGUCCCAGCUGAUCAAGCGCAAUCCAUUUUCGAAAGUGGUCGAAGCCUUCGAAUGUUAAAGCGAUCACAUCCAAAUCAUCCUAUCGGACGGCAUGAUGUUCUUUCCCGAGCUGGUCAUCUUCAUCUGCAUUGUGCGACUUCCUGGGCUGACAUCGAGCACAUUCACACGAAGGCCCAGGAGUAUGAAUCGAAACUUCGCGCUGAGAUCAAGAGAUAUAACCGAGGAGAGCCAGCACUUUCAACCACUCCAUCCGAAGCACUCACGCAGUGUGCCAAACAAUCGGCGGACGCAAGUGCUAUCGAGGGAACCUUUGAGCUUUUUGACAUAGAUGAUGAAAAACACCUCUCGGGGCCUGUCACAAACCGAAACGCUCUUUCGAGGGAUAUUUUCAAUCAACUUCUUGACAAAGCCCGGAGGUUCGAGCCCGAGUCUAUUGAGCAGACAAGCCAUUUUGGGCCAGAGUUGACAUCUGGCCUUCACCUCUCCCUGGCACCGAUCAUCUCGUCUCAAGCCCUUCUCAUCGACUACUCAUGCCUACACCAUCUCUUCAAAGAACAUCAAUUGAGACAUAAUCUGAAUCUACAAUGGCGAUUCCAGCUACUCGGAGAAGGCCCCUUCGUGUCGCGCCUGUCCAACUCCCUUUUUGACUCAGAAAUGGAAAGCGGAGAAAGGAAGGCUGGUGUUAUACGCAGCGGCGUGGACACUGGCUUACGACUCGGGAGUCGAGACACUUGGCCACCAGCCAGUUCAGAGUUGCGCCUGGUUUUGAUCGGCCUUCUGGGAGACUGUUACUUCGGUAACGCAGAUGCAGAGGAUUCCGAAAAGGGCCAGAAUCGAAAAGAUAAUGAAAUGCCGGGUGGGCUUAGCUUCGGCAUUCGAGAAUUGUCAGACGAAGAAAUAGACAAAUGCAAGGAUCCAAGCUCAAUCGAAGCUCUGGACUUUCUUCGUCUACAAUACACCCCGCCGGAAGCACUCGAGACCAUCAUUACUGUGCGGUCUCUCGAUAAGUAUGAUCGUCUCUUCAAACAAUUGCUUCGGCUGCUCCGUAUGGUUUCCGUUGUCAAAGGACUCGUCCGUGACUCGACUGUGCGAGGAUCUCUGUCAGGAGACACACGAAACGUGUUUCAAAAGUUCCGAGUAGAGGCUCAGCACUUUGUUCUAGCAGUUAGCGACUACUGCUUCCAUAUUGGCAUUGGAUCGAUCUGGCAACGCUUCCAAGAAACACUCGCCAAAAUCGAGUACUGUCUCGACCGUGGUGAUAUCGACGGCACAAUCGAAGCGGCUCACUCUGUACCAAGGCUUCGCGGCUACCAUGAGGAUAUGCUUGACCAGAUGUUAUUCGCGUUCUUCCUAAGCAAGCGACACGCGCAGGCGGCCAAAUUACUCGAAUCGAUUUUCGGCACUAUCCUCGCCUUCAGUCCACUAUCAAAGGCAGAUGGGAGCGGGCUGCGUCACGAGGCCGAAGGAACUGCUCUCUACUUGUACCAAACAUUCCGCAAACAGACAUCUGCUUUUGUUGGCUAUCUGCGCAGUUUGGAGUCUGGCAAGGCCACUUCGAAAUCUAUGGCUAAGUCGGGAGCAUUCUUUUCAUCGCACACGGAGCCAACCAGUGUCUUUGAGCACCUCCGUGUGAGGUUAGACCUAAAGGAAUACUACUAG